AUGGGUCCACGAAAGAAAAGUGUUAAAACGUGUCUCAUGAAUAAUGAAAUUCCUGAGGAAGCAGUAUCUGAUGAAACAAAGGACUAUAUGAAUCAACUUUCACAUGAAGUGCUUUGCCAUAUUUUUAGGUACCUCCCCCUGCAGGAUAUCAUGUGUAUGGAGUGUCUUUCCCGGAAGCUAAAGGAAGCAGUCACCCUAUAUCUGAGAGUUGUGAGGGUUGUAGAUCUCUGUGCAGGGCGAUGGUGGGAAUACAUGCCAAGUGGCUUCACAGAUUCCAGUUUUCUGACACUACUAAAGAAGAUGCCAGAUGUUGAACAGCUAUAUGGCCUUCACCCUCGAUACCUUGAGAGGCGAAGGGUACGGGGCCAUGAGGCUUUUAGCAUUCCAGGAGUUCUGGAAGCUUUGCAGGCGUGCCCAAACUUAGUGGGUGUGGAAACCUCUCACUUGGAAUUAGUAGAAUCCAUUUGGACAUACAUGCCACAUGUUCAUAUUUUGGGGAAAUUUCGUAACCGUAAUGGAGCAUUUCCAAUUCCUCCUGAAAAUAAACUGAAAAUUCCUAUAGGAGCCAAAAUUCAAACUUUACAUUUAGUUGGGGUGAAUGUUCCUGAAAUUCCUUGUAUCCCAAUGCUAAGGCACCUUUACAUGAAGUGGGUAAGACUCACUAAACCACAGCCGUUCAAAGAUUUUCUUUGCAUCAGUUUACGAACUUUUGUCAUGAGGAACUGUGCAGGACCCACAAACUCCUUGAAAUAUGUCCCUUUAGUAACAGGCUUAGCCUCUGCCCGCAACUUGGAACAUUUAGAAAUGGUUCGAGUUCCUUUCCUUGGAGGUCUUAUUCAGCAUGUAGUUGAAGACAGUUGGAGAUCAGGUGGUUUUCGAAAUUUGCACACUAUUGUUUUGGGAGCUUGUAAAAAUGCACUUGAAGUAGAUCUUGGUUACCUCAUCAUCACUGCUGCCCGUAGGUUACAUGAAGUUCGGAUCCAGCCUUCCCUAACCAAAGAUGGCGUCUUUUCCGCCUUAAAGAUGGCAGAGUUGGAAUUCCCCCAGUUUGAAACCCUUCAUCUGGGAUAUGUAGAUGAGUUUUUGCUGCAGAGCAGAAUGGCUAAUGCAGAUCUGGUGAAGUAUGGUUUGGCUGAUGUGGUGGAAAAUCCUGGUAUUAUCACUGAUAUAGGGAUGAAGGCAGUCAAUGAAGUUUUCUCCUGUAUCAAAUAUCUGGCAAUUUAUAAUUGCCCCCAUCUACAUAACCCAUACAAUUGGAUCUCAGACCACUCAAGGUGGACUCGAUUGGUUGAUAUCAACUUAGUACGUUGCCAUGCUUUGAAGCUGGACUCCUUUGGCCAGUUUAUUGAAUUAUUGCCUAGCUUGGAGUUUAUUUCACUGGACCAAAUGUUUCGUGAACCACCCAAAGGCUGUGCUCGGGUUGGUCUGAGUGCAGGCACAGGAAUUGGGGUUUCCUCGGCCCUUGUUAGCAAUCAGAACUCCAACAAUGACAAUGAUAAUAAUGCCCAGAAUAAUGCCAACAUCCACGACAACAAUCACCAUCACCCAGAUGACUCAGAUGAGGAGAAUGACUUCCGGCAAGACUUGCAGCCAGGAGAGCAGCAGUUUGCAGCCGACGCACUGAAUGAGAUGGAAGACAUGGUGCAAGAAGAUGGAGAGGUGAUGGCCGAGAGUGGACAUGAGACUCCAGCUCACAGUCAGGCAGUUAUUCCUGUGGAUGUUGAUGAGGAACAAGCAGGACCCAGUGGUCUUCAGCGUGUAGUAAAACCAACCCCAAUUACUGUUCAUGACUCAGAGAGUGAUGAUGAAGAAGACAGUCUAGAACUCCAAGAAGUCUGGAUUCCUAAGAAUGGUGCCCGGCGUUUCUCUGAACGUGAAGAAAAAACUGGAGAGUCUGUGCAGUCUAGGGAAUUAUCAGUAAGUGGAAAAGGCAAGACUCCACUUCGAAAGAGGUACAACUCCCAUCAGAUGGGCCAGUCGAAGCAGUUUCCUCUCGAGGAAAGCAGCUGUGAGAAAGGCUGUCAGGUCACCAGUGAGCAGAUCAAAGCCGAUAUGAAAGCAGCUAGGGAUAUUCCUGAAAAGAAAAAAAACAAGGAUGUUUAUCCCAGCUGCAGCAGCACCACCGCCAGCACAGUGGGAAACUCCAGCUCACACAGCACUGCUUCUCAAAGCCCCGACUUUGUAAGGACGGUGAACAGCGGCGGCUCUUCCGAGCCUAGCCCUACAGAAGUGGAUGUGUCCAGGCAGUGUGUCUGCUCCCCCGGUGGGUCAGAGGACUCUGAGGCCAUGGAGGAGGGAGAUGCAGAGAGUUCUGUCUGCCCCAGAUGCUGCUGUCACAGGCCCCAGGAAUCCCAAAGGAGAACUAGCAGGUGUUCUGAUGAGGAACGUCCUUCAACCAGCCGAGCCUGUGUUGUGAAUGGCCCGGAUGGUACGAGAUCCGCCUUUUCCUUUAGGACUCUGCCACAAGGGGGGUCUUCAGGCCCAGCACAUGAUGAGAGGACUAAUGGGAGUGGCUCUGGGGCUACAGGUGAGGACAGGAGGGGGAGCUCCCAGCCUGAGCGCUGUGACGUGCAGUCUAAUGAAGACUACCCUCGGAGGCCCCUAACAAGGGCCAGGAGCAGACUCUCCCAUGUACCGCUGGUAUCUGAGUCAGAAGUUGCCAAAACAAAGCCACGUCAUGCCAUGAAGCGGAAGCGGACAGCGGAUAAGUCCACUAGUACCAGUGAUCCUGUGAUCGAGGAUGACCAUGUGCAGGUCCUUGUAUUAAAAUCCAAAAAUCUUGUUGGAGUCACUAUGACCAACUGUGGAAUCACAGAUCUAGUGCUGAAAGACUGUCCCAAGAUGAUGUUCAUCCAUGCUACAAGAUGCAGGGUACUAAAACAUUUAAAAGUAGAAAAUGCACCAAUCGUAAACCGAUUUGAUUAUGCACAGUGCAAGAAACUGAAUAUGGAUCAGGUACUAGACCAGAUACUAAGGAUGCCUCCUGAGAGAAACCGUAUCAUAUACCUACGCCCCAUGCAGCAGGUGGACACACUAACAUUGGAGCAGAAGCUAUUUAGUGGUCCCUACCCUUAUCAUAUCUGUAUUAUCCAUGAAUUCAGUAACCCUCCCAAUGUCCGGAACAAGGUGCGCAUUCGCAGCUGGAUGGACACGAUAGCAAACAUUAACCAAGAGCUCAUUAAGUAUGAAUUCUUCCCUGAAGCCACACGAAGUGAAGAUGACUUAAAGAAGUACCCUAAGUAUCCCUGGGGUAGAGAAAUCUACACGUUAGAAGGUGUUGUGGACGGAGCGCCGUAUUCCAUGAUUUCAGACUUCCCUUGGUUGAGAUCACUACGGGCAGCAGAACCUAACAGCUUUGCCAGAUACGAUUUUGAGGAUGAUGAAGAAAGCACCAUCUAUGCUCCUCGAAGGAAAGGGCAGCUGUCUGCAGACAUCUGUAUGGAAACAAUAGGAGAGGAAAUUUCAGAGAUGCGUCAGAUGAAGAAGGGUGUGUUUCAGCGAGUAGUGGCGAUCUUUAUCCACUAUUGUGACGUCAAUGGAGAGCCCGUUGAAGAUGACUACAUUUAA